AUGUCGGGCUAUCGCGGCCGUACAGGGCCGAACUUUUCAGAGUAUCUGAACAGUCUCAAUACUCUGACGUCGCCCUAUGAACAAGAGCAGUACCCUACGGAGGAGCUUGACAUAAGCCAGGACCUGGCCAUGUUUACAAACACCGACUUCACCCAUUUUGAUAUUCCCCCGCUACCUGAAGACGGCACCUUUAACUUCGACCUCGGCGACUCUAAAACCAACUCGAAUAGUGUCAAAUAUGAAGACCUCCUCUCUGGCUCCUCACCCACCCAAAACUAUCAAUCGUCCAAUCUCGAGACAUCUGCGGGCGAUUCUACGCACUACUACGGCACCUAUAAUACUCCCAUUCAACCUGCACCCGUCCCCGGCUUUAACAACCUUGACUCUCACACAUCUCCCAGCGGCUCCACGGUUGCUGGUCAACAGACUAGUCGGAGGAAAGGCGACGGCCUUGAUGGAAAUGCAUUGAGCCCGGAAGAGAAGUCUCGCCUCGCUGCCGAGGAAGAUAAGAGGAGGCGGAACACAGCAGCCAGUGCGCGCUUUCGCGUCAAGAAGAAGCAGCGCGAGCAGGCUUUGGAGCGGACGGUCAAGGAAGUCCAGGAGAAGAACGCGAAGUUGGAGGCAAAGGUGAAUCAACUGGAGAUGGAGAAUAAAUGGCUCAAAGCUUUAAUCACGGAGAAGAACGGGAUACAAUCCAAGGAAGAGAUGGCCGCUGCGUACCAACAGUAUCGCAAAGAAAGCGAAGAGCGAGAGAUGAAGUUCCAAGAACACACGACGGGGGUAGGCACUGAUUAA